AUGCAGAAAGGGAUGCGACUCAACGACGGCCACAUCACCUACCUGGCUCUGCUGGCGAAGAAGGACGGCACGCGGAGAGGUUGCCUGAGUAGGAAGAGCUCCGACAACACGAAAUGGCAUUCAAAGUGGUUCGCCUUGUUGCAGAACAUGCUGUUUUAUUUCGAGAACGACUCCAGCUCGCGACCCUCCGGACUGUACCUGUUGGAGGGAUGCGCGUGCGACCGCGCGCCGUCGCCCAAACUGUCGCUCUCCGCGAAGGAAUGCUUAGAGAAGCAGUACUACUUUACCGUCACGUUCAAUCAUGACAACCAGAAGGCUUUGGAGCUCCGCACGGAGGACGUCAAGGACUGCGACGAGUGGGUGGCUGCCAUCACACAGGCCAGUUACAGGAACCUGGCUACAGAGCACGAGACCCUCAUGCAGAAGUAUCUCCAUCUACUCCAAAUAGUGGAGACGGAGAAAAUGGUUGCCAAGCAACUUCGACAACAGAUAGAGGACGGGGAGAUCGAGAUAGAGCGGCUAAAAUCGGAGAUCGCCGGGCUGCUGAAGGACAACGAGAAGAUCCAGUCCAAUCCAGAGGUUCCUCUCAGUGAAGACGACUUGGAAAUCAAGAAGAUCAAAAAGGUCCAGAGUUUCCUACGAGGUUGGCUCUGCCGCAGGAAGUGGAAAACCAUCAUCCAGGACUACAUCCGUUCGCCCCACGCCGAAAGCAUGAGGAAGAGGAACCAGGUGGUGUUCAGCAUGCUGGAGGCCGAGGCCGAAUACGUCCAGCAGCUCCACAUCCUGGUCAACAACUUCCUGCGGCCGCUUCGCAUGGCCGCCAGCUCCAAGAAGCCGUCCAUCACGCACGACGACGUCAGCAGCAUCUUCCUGAACAGUGAGACCAUCAUGUUCCUCCAUCAGAUCUUCUACCAGGGCCUGAAGGCCCGGAUAGCCAGCUGGCCGACACUUGUGCUGGCCGACCUGUUCGACAUCUUGCUGCCGAUGCUCAACAUCUACCAGGAGUUUGUGAGGAACCACCAGUACAGCCUGCAGAUCCUGGCCCACUGCAAACAGAACCGGGACUUCGACAAGCUGCUGAAGCAGUACGAGGCCAAGCCCGACUGCGAGGAGAGGACCCUGGAGACCUUCCUCACGUACCCCAUGUUUCAGAUCCCUCGUUACAUCCUGACGCUGCACGAGUUGCUGGCUCACACCCCCCAUGAGCACGUGGAGAGAAACAGUUUGGACUACGCCAAGUCAAAACUGGAGGAGCUUUCCAGAAUCAUGCACGACGAGGUGAGCGAGACGGAGAACAUCAGGAAGAACCUGGCCAUCGAGCGGAUGAUCGUGGAGGGCUGCGAAGUGCUGCUGGACACCAGUCAGACCUUCGUCAGGCAAGGUUCCCUAAUCCAGGUGCCGAUGAGCGAGAAAGGGAAGAUCACGAGAGGCCGACUGGGCUCUCUGUCUCUGAAGAAAGAAGGCGAGCGACAGUGUUUCCUCUUCUCCAAACAUCUCAUCAUCUGUACCCGCGGCUCCGGGGGGAAACUACACAUCACUAAGAAUGGAGUGAUCUCGCUCAUCGACUGCACGCUGAUGGAGGAGCCGGAGGUGGAUGACGAGUCCAAGGGGGAGCGCGGCGGCCAGGACGUGGAGCACCAGGACUUUAAAGUGAUGGUGGAGCCCAAAGACGUCCAGCCCUUCACCAUCAUCCUGGUGCCUUCGUCCCGACAGGAGAAAUCAGCGUGGACCAGCGACAUCAGCCAGUGCAUUGACAACAUCCGCUGCAACGGUCUGAUGAUGAACACCUUCGAGGAGAACAGUAAAGUCACCGUGCCGCAGAUGAUCAAGUCGGACACCAGCUUGUACUGCGACGACGUCGACAUCCGCUUCAGCAAGAUGAUGAACUCCUGCAAGGUUCUGCAGAUCCGCUACGCCAGCGUGGAGCGGCUGCUGGAGCGGCUGACCGACCUGCGCUUCCUCUCCAUCGACUUCCUGAACACCUUCCUCCACUCCUACCGCGUCUUCAGCAGCGCCGACGUGGUGCUGGACAAGCUCAUCACCAUCUACAAGAAGCCCAUCAGUGCCAUCCCUGCACGUUCUUUGGAGCUUUUCUUCGCCAGCAGCCAGAACAACAAACUCCUGUUCGGCGAGUCGCCCACGUCGCCGCGCGCCAGCCGCAAGUUCUCCUCCCCUCCUCCGCUCUCCAUCGGCAAGACGUCGUCGCCCAACCGCCGGCGCAAGCUUUCGCUCAACAUCCCCAUCAUCACGGGGGGCAAAGCCGCCCUGGACCUGUCGGCGCUGGUGUGUUCCCCCAACGGCUACGCCUGCGCGCACGCCGCCGCGUCGCCCUUCAGUAAGGCCGCCCACGACGUCCACAAGCUUCACCUGUCCGGCGGCGCCGCGGCCGGCAAGAUCCCCGACGAGGGGGAGGCCAAAGCCGAGGGCAAGGGGGAGGAGUCUGUCCUCAACAAGCAAGGUCAGGAGCACCAUCGUUCCGUGAGAGAGGAAUGUGGUGAGGAUCCGAGGCAGAGCAAGGACGUAGAGGCCGAGAUGUCUCCUCCCAAAUCACCGUCGACACCCAAGAACGUCAAGUCCAAAAACUCCGGUGCGUUCUCCCUGUUUUCCUUCAACAACGGCAUGGUGGUGUCCUCGUGCCGGGAGCUGGACAACAACCGCAGCGCCCUCUCUGCCGCCUCGGCCUUCGCCAUCGCCACGGCCGGCGCCAAUGAAGGCACGCCGACCAAGGAGAAGUAUCGCCGCAUGUCGCUCGCCAGCACGGGUUUUCCAACGGACCAGAGAAACGGGGACAAAGAGUUUGUUAUCCGGAGAGCUGCCACCAACCGAGUCCUGAAUGUGCUGCGUCACUGGGUCUCCAAACACUCACAGGACUUUGAUCUCAACACAUGCGGGCUAAAGAUGCGGGUAAUCAGCUUCCUGGAGGAGGUGAUGCACGACCCGGAGCUCCUGACGCAAGAAAGAAAAGCAGCUGCCAACAUCAUCAGGACUCUCACUCAAGAGGACCCUGGAGACAACCAGGUGACACUGGAAGAGAUCAGACAGAUGGCCACUGAAGACUGUAAGACCGAGCCGUUUGAGAGCCACUCCGCCCUGGAUAUCGCUGAGCAACUCACGCUGCUGGACCACCUGGUCUUCAAGGUCAUCCCCUAUGAGGAGUUCUUCGGUCAGGGCUGGAUGAAGAACGACAAGAACGAGAGAACUCCUGAUAUUAUGAAGACGACCAAACAUUUCAACGAUAUCAGCAACAAGAUCGCCACGGAGAUCCUGCAGUGGGACGACGUCAACCUCCGAGUGGCGGUGAUUGAGAAAUGGGUGGCGGUGGCCGACAUCUGCCGCUGCCUCCACAACUACAACGCCAUGCUGGAGAUCACGUCCUCUCUCAACCGCAGCUCCGUCUUCCGCCUCAAGAAGACCUGGCUCAAAGUCUCCAAGCAGACAAAGACCGUGAUCGACAAGUUACAGAAGCUGGUGUCAUCGGAAGGGCGAUUCAAGAACCUGAGAGAAGCUCUGAAGAACUGUGACCCGCCCUGUGUUCCCUACCUGGGAAUGUACCUGACUGACCUGGCCUUCAUCGAGGAGGGAACGCCCAACUACACCGAGGACAGCCUGGUUAACUUCUCCAAGAUGAGAAUGAUAUCUCACAUUAUCAGAGAAAUACGUCAAUUUCAGCAAACGGCUUACAAGAUUGAUUAUCAACCAAAGGUCGCUAAGUACUUGCUGGACAGCAGUACAACGCUGGAUGAGGAGAGCAUGUACGACGCGUCUCUGAGGAUCGAGCCCAAAACUUUAUCAUGAAGAUGAUGUCUCUCUCUCUCUCUCUCUCUCUCUCUCUCUCUCUCUCAACCCUUAUAUGGAUCAACUUACAAGUUAUUUAUUAUCAUGUGCACAACAAUUACAGAGAAGCGGUCAUUGGCAAUGAAACUCUUAGAUCUCAGGUUCACUCCAACAGUGAUUACUCAAAUAAAAAUGUAAAUCUACAACAUGAAAGUUGAAAAUAUAAGGAUAAAAAUGAACCUAUAAAAAAUCUCAAAUUAAAUAAUAUGUAAUUGUGGUAAACAUUAAUUGCUAAAUGAAAUUAACAGGUUUAAAAAACAGUGAGUUAAGGUCUAUAGAGGGAAAGUGGUCCCUGAUAACCCCGUUGGCCUUCUACCUGCACCUUUGGGUGCAGAGGUUGAGGGAAGGCAGCUCCGUCCUGGUGAUGCGUAGUUGUUCACCUCCCUCUGCAAUGCUUUCGAUGGAGAGGGCGGUGCAACCGGCGUACCAGGCGGGCGAUGCAGCCGGUCAGCCAGUGUCGAGGAGUGUACAAGAACAAUAUAUCAUAAUGUACAUAAACUAUUAUUUGUAUUAGACACAGUAGGCCGUGCCCUCUUAGUAUGUGCUCCCCAAUGGACUCGUUAGUGUAUAAUCGUUAUUAGAGACUGAGUAGAAGCCCAGAGAGGUUUUAUUUAUAUAGUUACAGAGUAUUUAUAUGUUAUUUCUCGUCUUAUGAUACAUUUAUUUUCAACCACAUGAGCAAACAGAUGAGAGAGUAUAUAGAGAAGCUAUUUAGUCAGAUCCUAAUGGGAAUGUGCAGUCUGGAAAAAAAAGGCGGUGGUCACGUGAUGAUCAACUGGCCCCAUCCAUGGUAGUCACAUGAUGAAAAAACUGUCUCUAAACAUGUCCCCACUCACACAUUCUGCCUGGUUACAACAGCUAUUUCUUCGGCCUAUUGGUCCUCAAGUGUAAGAUCUUAAAUUUAAAAUGAAUACAAAUAUCCGUUAAUCCGUUAAUCAAAGUCGUGUAGUCCUUCGGACGUCAGUCCUGGUGGAUUUGCAUAAAGAGCGAGAAUGGCAAAAAAUGUUGAGGGUUUGACUUUUAUGACACUUUUAUUAAAAAAACGUUUCUACCCAGAGAAAUAAAGGGAGUGAAAAGUGGGAGUGCUGUGGUGGGAGACGAACUGAAACAAGAAUACCUGCUGAUUUCUGCUUGAGCUGGUUUUCUGUUUAGAGAUAUGGGUUUUUAAUGCUUUGCUUAUUAUUACCUUAUUCCCCUGGUGGGCAACAUGAUGUAUAUACAGCGUAAGCACCGGGCAGUGUAUGUAGCAGACGUAACCAAUAUUGAGCCACUUCAGGAAGUUAAAUAUCGAGACAGCAAGAGCAUAGUUUUUAAUGGUUAAUCCUCUUUGGCCAGUGUAUUAUGGUUUUGCCUUAAUCAUGAAAAUAGAUUAUAUACAAAAGUAUCUAAACUAUUUUACAAAUUUGCCAAUGAAGCAGAAAUAUUUGCUGUGUACAACAUUGUGUACAGGCAGUCUGAUGCAUUUCCUAACGUUGCAAUGAGUUUAAAAAACAAACAUAUCCCUCGAAAUGUGUUAUCCUCAUGAUCGUUCCAACUCUGUGAUAUGAUAACUUUUUCCCAUGUACGAUAAAAAGCAAAUGUUGAAAACAACUUGUAAGUGUAACACAAUCCGUGUCCUGUCUAUUCCAAAUGUGUUAGCGGGAACUAUACAGUAGUAAUAAUUGUGCUUAUUCUUGGAAUAUUUAUAGGUAUUUUUUACAGGCUUUGUAUAAAAAAGUAAAAUAAAACACCUAUAGCUUAAGUGGCAGGCAUGUACCACUUCGUGUUCAAAUCGAAAUCUAUAUCUAGAACAGUAUGUGUACUGUAUUUACCCCCCCCACCCCCCCCCCCACCCUUGCACAUGCAUCUUUAACCCUCUAAACAGGCACUUCCGGUGUUUGCAGUGAGCAAUACCCCGUGGUAUGAGAACUAUCUUUCGGUCUAUUUCAACAGCUUGAGUAGUAUUUCCAGUUUUGUAUGAAAGUGUAUUCUUUUCCUGAUUACCUCUUGUCAAUAAAUCUAUUUCUUUCUCAGGGGGA